AUGGUGAUAUGUUCCAGGGCUGGCACAUGUCCCCUGCACGAGUCCAAUUGCCUCUCACGACCUGGAGAUGGCGUACCGCUGCCCACCACAGAGUUCAGCUCGCUACACAUGGUCGAGGCGGCUGAAUUUGUUGUAGGACCACUCGAGACGCCGAUGCCCUAUUGGUACACACAACCCUGCACAACGUGUGGUUCGAGCUACUGUCAAGAUGGCCUCCCUGUUUAUAACCGUCAGGAUAUUCUGAUGACAGAGUUCGGACCACUGGAGCCUGUGCCAGCUUCAGCUGUGGAGCAGCCUUCAGUAAACAACACUACACCCGAGCGGUCAGGCACAAGAGGUGGGCUGUUACCAUCUGCACGGACGCCAGUACCAGCUCAGCAGCGAAAUCAGCAACAGGUAUGUCAUGAUGCAGCUCCUGCACGUUUGAGUCAACCUGUGACGGGGAGUUACCAUCCUGAAGCUAGCAGAAGUAUGCUUGUCCACCAAAAACAAGAAUUCUGCUAUACCCUGCCCUAUGCCCCGGUGGCUGGUAACAACAUGGUGAGGCCUGUCCAGCAUCAUGCAUUAAAUGGUGCUUCAUGUUACCCAUUGCUUGGUCCCCAGUUAAUACCACCACUAACGCAGUUACAGACAUCCACCACACCAGGACUGCAGCAGCAGCAGCGACUAAUCACUACCAUCCAUAGUGAACAGCAUAUGGCUGUUCUGCAUCACCAUUACAAACAACAACAAAGUCAAAGCAUUCCUGCCAUGCUGGGUCAGCAGCAGCAGCAACAGCAACAGAGGGCUGCCAUGCUGGGCCAGGUGCAGAUGCAGCUGCAACAGCAACAGAGGGCUGCCAUGCUGGGCCAGGUGCAGAUGCAGCUGCAACAGCAACAGAGGGCUUCCAUGCUGGGCCAGGUGCAGCAGCAGCAGCUGCUUCUGCAGCAACAGCAACAGAGGGCUGCAUUUCUGGGCCAGGUGCAGCAACAGCAACAGAGGGCUGCAUUUCUGGGCCAGGUGCAGCAACAGCAACAGAGGGCUGCAUUUCUGGGCCAGGUGCAGCAACAGCAACGGAGGGCUGCAUUUCUGGGCCAGGUGCAGCAACAGCAACAGAGGGCUGCAUUUCUGGGCCAGGUGCAGCAGCAGCAGCAGCAGCACAGAGCUACCAUGAUGAGUCAGCAGCAGUGUCAGAUGGCUGCCAUGCUGUGUCCGCAGCAGCAGAUGACUGUCAUGCUGGGUCAGCAACAGCAUCAUCCCGAGGAGAGUGAGGCAGCAAAGACGACAGAAUCAGCUCCAACAACAAAUGGUGGCUCUAUUAGUCCUGCUGCAGCACGGGCACAACGAGGCUCUAACAUGAGAACACCAGCCAGUAAGUCUCUAAUUCUUUCAAAAUGA